CCGUCCUCCCACUGCCCACAUCUCGCACUCGCCGUUCAGACUUGAGAGCGCUAUGGCCAUCGAGGAGACGUCGGCGCUGUUGGCAGCGGACGGCGAGCAUGACCAUCCCAGGCUGCACACGUACAACGUGGCCGAGGUGAUCCCGACUCUGCCGCUGGAGACACGGUGGCCGCCCUUCGCGCACCGCCGGUACCGUGGGUUCUGGGUGCCGGAGAGGUUCCUGCCGGCGCUAGCGGCCUUCUACGACCACUUCGAGCCGGCGCCAGGCGACGCGCUCGUGGUCACCUGCCCCAAGUCCGGCACCACGUGGCUCAAGGCCCUCGCCUUUGCCACCGUGCACCGCGGCGCGCACCCGCCAUGGUCUGCCGACCACCCGCUCCUGGUCCGCAACCCGCACGGUUGCGUCAGAUUCCUGGAAGGCGUCUUCUUCGGCCGCUCCGUUGAGGAGGUGCGCGACGUCCUCGCCGCGGCGUGCCCAUCCCCGCCGCGCGUCCUCGCCACACACUGGGCCUACUCUCAGCUGCCGGAGCGCGUCACCCGCGUUAGCCGGAUCGUGUACAUCUGCCGGGACCCCAAGGACGUGCUGGUGUCGUGGUACUGGUUCCUCAAGAAGCUAGUCGCCCACAACGGCGCCGGCGACGACCAGCCCAAGGAUCUGGACUUGGCCGAGCUGAUCGAAGUGUUCUGCGAGGGCCGCAACGGGUCGGGGCCGAUGUGGGGGCAGGCGGCCGAGUACUGGGAGGCGAGCAGGGAUCGCCCGGACAAGGUGCUCUUCCUGAGGUACGAGGAGAUGCUGCGCGAUCCGUCGGGCAACGUCCGGAAGCUGGCCCGGUUUCUAGGAUGCCCGUUCACGGCGGAGGAGGAAGACGCCGGCGUGGUGGGCGCCAUCCUGGAGCUGUGCAGCCUGGAGAAGCUGAGGAACCUGGAGGUCAACAGGAACGGCGCGCCGGCACUGGCCGUGUCAAACGACGCCUUCUUCAGGAAGGGCGUGGUCGGCGACUGGCGCAGCCAUGUGACGCCGGCCAUGGCGGCCAGGCUGGAUGGCAUCGUCGACGAGGCCCUGCGAGGCUCGGGCUUGUCGUUCGUCAACUCUGGUCACGGGGAAGAAGGCGCUGCGCCGUAGACACUUUGCAGGCAUGCAUGGUGCGACGCGGUUCACAUCUGUUGAGCUUGUACCUGCCCCUCAAGGAAAAGAAAAAAACAUCUCUUAUGCUUGCGGAUUGACCGACUGAAUCACUCACAUUGAGCAACAUUUAUGAAGUUAGUGAGAUCCGCCAUGUCUUUUGUGGCGCUACAAACAAAAGUUUUUUGCAGUUGAAGCUGAUUGUCCUUGAUUCCUUGCCUGAACUUAUUGAGUGGGUUGGGGUGCCUAAUGAUUCGUUUGCAAGGCUUGAAACUAUUUAUUGCAGGUCAUGCCCCAAUCUCCGUACACUACCCUUCCUGCGCGAGUACUCUGCUGGCUGUUAUAACCAUCUGUCGAAACUUGAAAUUUUUGAUUGCCCAAAGUUGUCU